UACAGGAGACGAGUGGGAGUGUGAGAGGUCGGUUUAGUUUCAGUGAAGAGAAGGGGAAAGGAGGGACAGGCAGAGGCUCCUUUUCCAUGCAUAGAAGAAAGAGGUAAACUUCAGAGAGGACAGAAAAAAAAGUAAUCCUACAGAGGAAGAAACUAGGUGGUUGCAAUUUAAACCACUUUUAUAUUUCUGAUGCGUGCAGAGAUAUCCCUUUAGGCAUGAAACGCAUUUCCACGCAUCGUCUGGAUGUGCGCCAGUUUCCUUUUCUCUCCUGGCUGUUCCGGAGAUGCCACCCUCCUGCUACUGGCCCUGCACCUCCUCCUAAAGGGAAGCUACGUUUCCGAUCCCUGCCAGGAGCCUUCGUAUUUGUGGGCAUCUUUAUUGUCCUAGUAGGUUUGACGGUGGCCGUCAUUGGAUACUGGCCCCACAGACCAAAUGGCCCACUUCCAUCAGUUCCACCUCCACCACCAAGACCACAUGCAGAGAGGCUAAAACUUAUUGGUCCUGUGAUUAUGGGGGUAGGACUCUUUGUGUUCAUAUGUGCUAAUACACUUCUCUACGAAAACAGGGACACAGAGACACGGCAGCUUCUGCAAAACCUGGUGGUUGCCCAGGGAGCCAAUCAUGUGGCCCUGUCCAGUAAUCAUAAGGGAGAAAUUCCGGUUCAAAAUGCAUGGGGUGAAAGUUCAGGAGAAUUGGAUAACAGAAGGAAUCUAUUAAUCAGGGCACAGUUACUGUGUCCUCCCAUUAAUGAUCUGUCCGGUUCUCUUGUGAGUAUCCACUCUGACCCAUGUAUUUCCUCCAUUCCCCAAGUGAGGGACAUGCAGAAGCACAGGGAGGAAGCAGGGGAAAGGGUCUAUAGCUCCGACAUGAGACUGAAUACAGCAGAAGGCUGCCUCAAGGUACCGCAUAGAGGAAGAAAGUGUAGGAGUUGGCCAAGAUUGGAGAGGGCCGAAGAGGGUUACACAAAGCUGGAGAAUUCCACAGAAACCGAGGUGGAGGAGGCAAGGGAAAGCAGCCAAGAAACUGUACCUGAUGUUGCAUGAUUCAGAAACGAGAAAUACUGAAAGGCGGUUUUGUGACCGAAACAGAAGGAAAGUUCAGCAAAGUUUUAAAGACAGAAGUGAUAGUGGGAUAUGGAGUUCAUUCAUCUCAUUCGUGUGUCGAAAGACUCGAAAUACCUUGCCCUUCAACCAUAGGUGAUGCAGAAAGAAAGUUUCUGUUGUACUUGAAUACUGUAUUCCAUUAUGUGAAGCCAUAACAU